GCAUUUGUGGCUGGUAGAGGGCCUGAAAAUCCUCCAAGGCCUUCACCCAGGCAAUACCCACUGGGCUAUGGUGGAAGGCAGAUCCCCCGGCCACGCACAGGUCAACCACGAAGGCUGUCCCAACAGGUCAUGAAGCUGCAGCAGGACAUGUUCAUGCUCAUGCGCAGCGAAAAAUUCAAGGAGGGGGUUGAACUUUUUGAGGCCUUUGUGAACGAAGGAUUCAAGGCAGGGGCAGAGAUGAACCUUCCAAAGGGCCAAGUCCCAAACAACAGGCUGCCGGGGACCUUUCAGUUUCUGCAGUACAUUCAAUGCCUACAACGGACCCAACGUUUUGCCGCAACUUCCAUAGAGCAUGCCCUCACUUUGAUGAAGCAGCUCAGAGUGAUGCCAGACGCACGGCACUACAUGGAGUACCUGACAGGCCUCAGGAAGUUGGGCAUGCACAGGAAAGCUGCAGCAGUAAUCGAAACAGAGAUGCUCAAAAAUUCUGUCGUCCCCAGCAUUUCCUGCUAUGAGCAGGUCAUCUUUGCAUGUUUGACUGCCAGGGACAUCGAACGGUCGUCCAGGUUGCUCGACGCGGCAUUCAAAGGGGGUUCCCGUUGGAAGAUCAAAGACCAGAACCGCGCACAGAGCCUUUACACGAGAGUGGUGUCAUUCGUAUCAUCACUGAAAAGGAUAGCGAACGCGAUGGAGUUUAUGAGGCAAAUGAUGGAUCUCCAGCUCAAGAUACCGAUCCAUCUGUAUGUCGAUGUCAUUAUGAAUGCAGCAGAGGUCAACGAUUUUGCUGUUGUGGAGCAGCUGCUGACAGAAUUAUCCCACAAACGAACAUAUGUCGUUUGGGAGGGGAAGCCAGUGAGAAUACCAGUAAGGGUGGAUGAGGGCGUGUUGUUGCAGGCACUCAACUGUGGUGCACGCAUGGGCCAACCUAUGCUUGCAGAUCUGGCUUGGGACAUGCUGCAGACAUCGCUCAAAUGCCCCCUUUAUCAUGAUAUUGCUGCUCCUACAAUCAAAAACCAUGAGGAUGACAUGACUGAUCAAGAGAGCCUGAAGAUCGACAGCAAAAGUGCAACUGGUGUGAGGACUGAUGGUGAAGAGGGUGGGGAGAGCGAUGAUGUGCAAGAGGAAGAUGAUGGGCGUGAUGACGAGCAAGAGGGAGACGAUGGGCUCGAAGUGGUGGACAUCAGGCACACUGUGCCUGGCUCACAACAACACCUGGAUGACUGGCAGGACAUCUUUUCUGGGAUGCUUUUAGAUCACCCUCCCCUCAUCGCAAGCUUCCACGCCUACAUCGAAGCACAAGCAAAGGCUGGCAACAUUGAAAAAGCAUUUGUGGCCAUCAGGCGCCUGGAAGAGUGCCACCCUGCCAACACAGAGGCCCUGUCUCCAGCACAGGGGCUCUGCAUGGUGGCAGAUGAAUUGGCCAAAGAUUCAAGUGUUAUUGAUCAAGCUCGCUCUGUGCUUGAGAAAUGGAAGGAAUCGGGAGAGAAGCUCACGGUGGCCAUGAUGGAUGCCAUUGUUGCAGCAUGCUCCCGCAUGUCAGAUGCCAACAGCGCCUUUAAGUCGUUUGAAGCCUAUGAAUCUCUUGGCCUCAAGCACAGGACCGAAUCGUACAACUCGUUGAUGGAGGUCUGCGCCAGGCAGCGCCAGGUGGAUGUUAUCAUGAAGCUGCUGCAAGAAAUGGCAAAUGAAGAUGUGCAGCCAAAUGUGGACACAUACACGCAGAUCAUCGAAGGGUACAUCAGCAAUGGAGACACGAUCGGCAUUGCCAACACUCUGACAAUCACCCGAAACGAAGGCUUUGCUCCCACCCUUCGGGUGCUGGAGAAGGCCAUGGCGUGCGCCGAGAGGCAGAAAGACCCUGACCUGCAGCAGCUCAUUCGGAAGGAACUCAUGGCGGCAGGGCACCGCUUUGGCAUCCAGCAGAGGCCCUUUCCCUUCAGGGGAAGGGGGGGCAGGCAGGGAGGGCGGAGGGGGGGUGGCAGGGGCCGAUAUGGGGCCAGUCUUGAGAGCACUGGGACAGAUGCCAGUGAAGAUGGAGAGGACUCCCCAAGCACCUCUGCCCCAGGUGUCACGCAUUUGUCAUCUGCCGACGGUGGAGAAUCGGAGCGCAUGGCACAAUUUGGUGGCAAAGGCAGGGCGCGAUUUCGGGGUGGAUAUCGAGGGGGUAGAGGCAGCUAUCGGGGCGGCUACCAAGGUGGGGAGAGGGGUUUCACACCUCGCAAGAUUCAACUCGGCUACUCUGAGACUGACAUGGCUGGGACAGGCUACAUGGAUUCAGGAGUGGACAGUGCAGUGUCUCCUGCCAAUGCUUCGAUGGGGCAAGAAGAACUGCAGCUUGGGAUUGCAGCGGCAGAGACCCCUGUUCCAGCGCCAAAUGUGGAGCAACCUGUUCCAGAAUUGCAAGUGGAGAGAUCUGCUCCAGGAGCGGAUGUGGAGAGCCCUAUCCAAGAGUCAGAUUUGGCGAGCCCUCCAGCAGAGUCGGAUGUGGCACAGGCAGGCCCUGGAACUGGGGCUCCUGUGUGA